GACUAAAGGUCGCUCGCGCACUGGCUAGGGACGCAUUUCGCCUAGCUACGGCCUGACACACAAGCACAACAGCAUCAACGUGAUCCAUUAUCGAGCCCACCGUGCAACCGUUUGCCUUGGCCGAUCGCUGACAUGCAUGACUUUUGCCAUGUUGCCUUUGCACGUGUCGGGUGUCGAUGCCCGCUGGCAGUUCUCCUUUAAUUGAGUCUCAGCUUUCCCAUGUUGAUGGUGUUUGGAGGGUUGCCUGCUCAGACAUUACCAUCGACGGCUACUACGACUCUGGAAGCUCUAGCCUGAGCCGCUGCUGGCACGGUGACACCGACUUGACUAUCCAGACACAGCAUCGAUCUUCCCGUGGUCGACCAUGUCGACGGCACCCAAGCGGGAUGACUCGCCUGGCGACGUUCCCUCUCCGCCUCACAUGGAGGAAUAUGCCCAACCGAAUGUCGAUGCCGCAGACCUAGACGGGCUUUCGCUGUACGAGAAGAAAUGCGUCCUCGUCAACCGAGAGAUCGAUGCCCAGGGCAUGGGAAGAUCCCAAUGGUACAUUUGGAUCCUGUGCGGGUUCGGAUACUUCCUCGACCUUCUCUGGGCGCAGGCGUUUGGCCUCGUCCUGAGCCCGCUGCAGCAGGAGAUGGGUUUCGGUGAUGGCCAGUCUGGCAACAUUUCCACCAGCUUCAAUGCCGGUCUUACCGCCGGUGCCUUUUUCUGGGGGUUCAUGUCGGACAUUGUUGGUCGUCGUUGGGCAUUCAAUCUGACCUGCCUGUUCUCCUGCGUCUUCGGUCUCUGUCUCGGCGCCUCCAACAAUUACACGACGUUUCUCGUCAUCACCGCCUUUGUCGGCUUUGGUGUCGGCGGGAACAUUCCCGUCGACAGUGCCAUCGUCCUCGAGUUUGUUCCACACAAUCGCCGCUUCCUGCUAGCGUGUUUGUCCGUCUUCCAGCCGCUCGGCGUCGUCGUGUGCAGCGCCAUUGCCUUUGGGUUCAUUCCGACAUACUCGUGCUCGCCCAACUUCUCCGAAAAGAACCCGCUCCCUUCCUGUCGCACCGCCGAGUCCCCCGGGACGCCGUGUUGCUCUCGAUCGGACAACAUGGGAUGGCGAUAUCUACUCUACACGCUAGGAGGGCUGUCGCUCCUCGUAUUCUUCCUGCGCUUCUUCGUCUUCACGUUCAGAGAAACACCAAAGUACUCCAUCUACAAGGGACACGAUGCGAAGGCGAUUGAGACAAUGCAGCACAUGGCCAAAGUCAACAAGAAACAAUGCCGCUUGACGGUCGAGGACCUGGAGGCCCUGGCGAAGAACCACGAAGCCAACCACAGCGAUACAAGCUCUGGGCUGCUGCUGUCUGGGUCGGAUGGCGAGCGCUCGUCCAAACGCUCGGGCAAGCUGCGCAAGGAGCUCGACAGAUACAAGAUGUUGUUUGACGGGUUCCAGAUGACGCGCCUGACCAUCUUGACGUGGCUCACGUACAUCCUCGACUUUUGGGGAUUCACGGUCGCAGGCUUCUACCUCCCUCGGAUUCUAGCCCUCAAGAACGGGGCCGCUUCAGCCAGCCUCAAGUUCACGUACGCGGCGUACAUAUACACCUACGCACCGGGCAUCCUCGGCGUCCUGCUGGGCGCCUACGUCUGCCGCAUCCCCGCCAUCGGGCGCAAGUGGACCAUGGUCAUCUCAUCGGGUCUCAUGGGCGCGUCCAUCUUCUUGCUCUCGACCGUCGACACCGUGGCCAAGAACGAGGGGCUCUUCACCUUGGAGUACUUCUUCCAGUCCAUGUUCAACGCCGUGCUGUACGGGUGGACGCCCGAGGCAUUCCCCGCGCCGGUCCGGGGGACGGCCUGCGGGGUGGCCAGCUUCUGGGGCCGGCUCUUUGGUAUCGUGAGCCCGCUCAUCGCGCAGCAUCUCUACGGUCAGACGGACGGGUCUGGUGGCGACGGCAACAUCAACAGCGUGUUGUACCUGGCGGGCGGCGCGACGCUGGGAUGUGUGCUCACCACGGCACUGCUUCCGAGCCAUCUGAUGGAGACGCAGGAUGAACGCUCGUAG